UCAUUCUAGCUCCCAGUCAUUCAGGAAAAGCCUGUACAGCAAGUAGAGGCAAGCUGCAGGGAAGCGCCUCUCAGAAUGCUGUGGCUGAAGACGGAAGGUUAAACAAGAACUGAAGUAUAUGUGGAAUUCAUAUACCAUAAUUAUUUCCUAGACCGUGACGCAGAGGAGGGUGGAAAGUUUCACCACUAAAGGGACUAAAAGGUUUUUGAUGUCUGAAGUGUAUUAGUGAACUUGUGUUGAUAUUUUGUCUUCGUGAUCGUGUAAGACGAGACUGAUUAUAUAGAUAUAACAAUGCCUAGCUCGUGGAUUUUGGCGAGCUGUAUGUUGCUGACCAGCCUUUGUGUGUGCUACUCUGUCCACCCACAAGAACAACAACAACAACAACAACGUACACAAAAUCACAAGGACACGCAGGACCCGGCCCGAACUAAACUCCCCCCGAGUGAAGGACUUACGGACCGUGAGGAGACUCUUGGUCAAGCCAGGGUGAAGAGGCAGACUGAUGAAUGCCCUGUGUUGGAGACGGGCCAAGGCUCGGGCCUCCAGAAGAUAGUUGACACCACUGAUGAAACGCAGAGUUUCUUCAUCCAGCCUCAGCCAGGGUUCAACCGAUUGGUAUUUCGUGUGAAAGUGAAUAAUAAGUUUGACUUCAGUUCUUGGAAAUACCAUAAAAAGACCCUCGACAUCAGCAGCUCCCGACUUAACAUUGACUGGACUCACCCGACCUCGAUUCCUGUGCAAGUGACAUAUUUCAAGAACAAAGUGAGUUUUGCCCAAGAUCGCCAUGCACUUCGCGUGAAAGUGGGCCAAGACGUGAACGAGGUACUGCUCACGAGCUGGUGGCGAACUCACAGCUAUGAAGGGUUUGCUGUCUACGCCGAAGGUCCCCUCAAGGUUUAUCUCGACUGCAACUCCCAGGAUCCCAAGACAGCGUCCAUCAAACAGGAAGAGGAGAAAGUGCCAGUCCUGCUGAUCCUGAGCGCGGUGGGAGGCUGCUUCCUGAUGGUGGUAGGAGCAACCAUUGUCUACCUCCUCACCACUAGAUGCGCCCGCGCCCGACGUGACAACCCGCCCCCCGUGCCCAAGUUUCCCAAGUCACUGCUGUUUGAGCGCCACAUCCACCGGGAGAAAGACAGUGAGCCCAUCUACGAGACGAUUGAUGAAUCCACGCUGGCAAAACUUCGAAAGAACCUUGACUCUGAAACCCUUGGUCGGCCGCAGGGUGUGAGGGACCAAGACAAACCCUCGGCUACAGGACUGAAGGAGAAGACGAUGACACUCUGGAAUCAGACUUUUGAAAGGGAAUGUCAUUCCUCGACGAUUCCAGGUGAUGACGCUAGAGGAACCCUUGAACUAUCCCUACUGGAGGAGAAAGCGGCGCUUCGGCAAUCCUCUGGGCUUGAAUCCCCCAUGGAGAAUCACUAUGUGGAGAUGCACGGUAUUGUCAGCCGCACCUCAAGCCUCAACAAAUGAUUCUCCCUCCACCGCCUUUCGUCCAGGCACGUCACCUUAGACCUUAAAAAUUUUGAGCAUUAAAAGUUCUUCGAUCCAGUUAUAAUUUUACGAUGCAUGGCUGUGGUGCUAACUCUUAUAUCAAUGUCACCAAAAGCCUCAACAAAUGAUCUUACCUCGACCGCCUAUCGUCCAUGCAUCCCAUAUUGGACCAUAAAGUGUUGUGCAUGAAAAGCUCAUCGAUCCAGUAUUAAUUUUACGAUGGCUUUGGUGCUCUCUCUUGAAUAAUAUUAAUGUCACCUCAACACUCAACAAAUGAUCCUCCCUUCACCACCUCUCGUCUAGGCAUCCCUUAUGAUACCAUUAAUUAACGUUCUGUGCAUGAAAAGGUGGUCUAUAUCGAUCUGAUUUUAAUCUUACGAUGGCUUUGGUGCCUCCUCUUAAAGAUUAAUGAUGAAAUUAACCAAGACUGCGACCUGUCCACCUUCUCUCCCAUUCCUUCAGACUGGAACGUAAUAGUUUAGUAAGCUUUCAUUUAGAGUUCCAGGGGCUUCGUCUUUGUAUACGCCCAUGUCUUAUUGUAUGUUAGUGACCAGUCGUGGCUGAUGAUGGCUCGUCUGCGUGAUGCUCCUUCAAUACACUGAUAAGGCUUGAUUCACUCCAAUGUUCCGCUUAGAUAUUUUAUUGAGAACGCUCACAGCAACAGUAUAUAUUAUCUGUUUGCUUACACUCCUGCAACGAACAGUGAUAUCUUUCUGCGAGACUCCUCCUAUACUUGUUAUAUUGAGAGGAACCUCAGUACAUUGGUUCGUCACUGAUGUUUGACUGAUAGAGGAAUGAGAUGCAUAAUGUAACAAUUGUGACCAUUGUGAUGAAGUCAUAUUAGCGGUAAGUAGAUAAAGAUAGUAUGUUUAAUGACCUCAGAAGAUAUAUAGUUGUAUACUCAUAUGCUAGAUAUACUCCAGCCUGUUUUAUAGGAUAGGUUUAUCUUUAAAAAAUUAAUGAUACCUGUAAUCGAAAGGUAUGUGGUAUUAUCCUAAGACUUCGCUAUCAUCUCUGUGGCUAUUAUAAUCAUUGACGCCUGAGACAAAAACUUUAGGUCAAGCACACCGGAGAGUUGACUGUUCUGCCGCCUUGAUCCACUGUCGCUGUUCAGGUAUACAGGGUGUAGGUGUAGGCCUUCAGCCCGUAUUCUUAAACAUGUCGGCACCUCAGUUCGCCUUUGAAAAGACUCUCGUAGAAGCUGCUGGGGUUUUCAUGGACUGUUUUGUGAUGCUGGUGAUAGUUUUACACGACUUUUGAAUUAUGCACGGGAAAAGAACACCCAUGAAAACCCGUUCAGUCUUCUCUGUGGCCUUAGGAAAUAGUCGUAAUGGGAGCCCGGUAUGUUUAAUAUUGGACUCAUCGGGUCGCUGGGUGGCGUCAGUGACUAAUUAGCAUUUCUUCGUGUAUUGUACUCGAUGGAGACACCAACAAGAAACCCAGACUGUAAAAACGCAAAUACAAAUGAAUAAAUAAA